AUGCCCCCAACUGCUCUCUUCCUACCUUCCUGCAUAAUACUCAUUUUCUUUAUCCUACUAUACCCCGUACUAACCACUUUCAACCCCAACCCCCUCUCCCCUGACUGAGCCCUAUCAAAAACUAAAACCGCUAUUAAACUAGCCUUCUUCAUUAGCCUUUUUCCCCUCUUCCUACUCCUUGACCAGGGGACAGAAACCACCAUCACAACCUGAUCUUGAACAAACACACUAACCUUUGACAUCAACAUCAGCUUUAAAUUCGACACUUACUCUUGCAUCUUCACCCCUGUCGCCCUCUACGUAACCUGAUCCAUCCUAGAAUUUGCAUCCUGAUACAUACACUCCGACCCCAAAAUAAACCGAUUUUUCAAAUACCUUCUAAUCUUUCUAAUUGCAAUAAUCAUCCUUGUCACAGCCAACAACAUAUUCCAACUAUUUAUUGGAUGAGAAAGCGUCGGAAUUAUAUCCUUUCUCUUAAUUGGCUGAUGGUACGGGCGAACCGACGCCAACACAGCUGCCCUUCAGGCAGUCCUAUACAAUCGCAUCGGGGACAUUGGCCUUAUCCUAAUAAUAGCAUGAACAGCAACCCGCCUAAACUCCUGAGACCUGCAGCAACUAUUUUCCCUCUCCGACAAUUACAACCUCACUCUCCCCCUCUUAGGGCUUAUCCUCGCCGCUACAGGAAAAUCCGCUCAAUUCGGCCUCCACCCUUGACUCCCUUCCGCCAUAGAAGGCCCCACGCCGGUAUCUGCCCUACUACACUCAAGCACCAUAGUCGUAGCUGGGAUCUUUCUACUUAUUCGCCUAAGCCCCAUACUAGAAAACAAUAAAACAGCUUUAACCACCUGCCUAUGCCUAGGAGCCCUUACCACCCUGUUUACCGCAAUCUGUGCCCUAACCCAAAAUGAUAUCAAAAAAAUCGUAGCUUUCUCCACUUCAAGUCAACUGGGCCUAAUAAUGGUCACCAUCGGACUAAAUCAACCACAAUUAGCCUUCCUCCACAUCUGCACCCACGCCUUUUUUAAAGCAAUGCUCUUUCUCUGCUCCGGCUCUAUCAUCCACAGCCUGAACGACGAACAAGACAUCCGUAAAAUAGGAGGCAUGCACCACCUAGCCCCCUUCACUUCUUCUUGCCUCACCAUUGGAAGCCUAGCUUUAACAGGCACCCCCUUCCUGGCCGGUUUUUUCUCUAAAGACGCCAUCAUUGAGGCGCUAAACACAUCCUACUUAAACGCCUGAGCCCUUGUCCUAACACUUAUCGCCACCUCCUUCACAGCAGUCUACAGCCUUCGAAUCGUCUUCUUUGUCUCAAUAGGCCACCCCCGCUUUAACCCCCUUCCCCCUAUCAACGAAAAUACCCCCGCCGUCCCCCGCCGUUAUUAA